AUGGGAGCAGAGGAGAGCAAGGGAGGUAACUACGGUCUGAUGGGGCCGAGUGCGGUGGUAGCCAACAUGAACCGCCAGGCGCAGGCUGCCCGGCCAUGGUCACUGCUCCACAUGUGCUCCCUUGACCAGUGGAAAUCUGGACAUGCAGAGGCAGCUGGGUUCACAGAAACAACGAUGACAUGCAAUGGUGUAAUGUUUAAAGACUGUAGCCCUACAUUCUGCAUAAGUCGGCAAGGCAUUAUAAACAUCAACAAAACCAGCUCUGUGUUCAGCUUUAGGCGGAAAAACAAAUUUACUAAGAUGGCAGAGCACUUUGAAUACAAUCAUAUCCCUGCUCAUCUGUCGUCAAUUCAGAACUUUCAUGUAAAAAGUGUAGUGUGUUACCAUGACACCACUGUCGUGCUUCACCUGGUACGGAACAUGAUGACUCAGUUUGGGGUCAUAGACCUAGGAAUAAACAAAUUUCUGGGUAUAUUUGGUAAAAAGACUGCUGAGUUUGUAAAUGAGGCAGUGCGGGGCCAGAUCAGCCCAGACGGCUCCCUUUGCCUCAUUAAGAUACCCAAGCUUAGUGACAAUAACAGUGCCUUUGUCCUCCAGCUUUACUGCCUCAAGACAAGAGAACUAGUACGCGAGCUUGCCCUACCCUUUCAUCACAGUCUAUUUGCCUUUGACCCUCGCUUCACUUCCAGUCGCAUCGCAGCUACCAGCUUCGUAACUGGGGAGGACAACAGCUUGAGUCUGAUUUACACUGAUUCAUGGGAGGUGAUCAGUACCAACACGCGUGUUGAUGAUAUGCGACCAAGUCUACACCCUACGCUUAAAGACCUCUUCUACUCGAAAGAUGGCUAUCUCAUCUUUGCUGUCAUGGUAACUGCUGGCUGUCACUGCAGGGAGAAGAAACUACGUCGACAUUUACCCAUCGAAAUUAGCAUCUACAUCUUCAAUGCAGAUACAGCGCAAACUCUACACUGUGUACAGUACAACAGGUAUACGUGCGGACAACACUCAUGCCCAACUAACUUCAUGCCACUCUUCUCUAAUUGUGGCAGUCGUAUGGCUAUUGUCCUUAAUGAUAUGGAAACUCCAGUUGACCACCUACAAAUCUACAAACUGCCAACUGCUGGAAGCUUGCAGAACCGCAGUCGUAUUCGUAUUCUGCAGACGUUUGCCCCAGAGAUCCUCCCGAAACUGCCCCUCCCUGCCCGUCUGGUCCAGUAUCUACAAUUUCAACCAGAAUUUGCCUAA